CUGCUGUAAUUGCCGUUAACGUUAAUCAGGUAAAGCAGCGUCCAUUUCGAACAGUUUCUUCUCCUUUUUGUGUGUUUGUUUUUCUUCGGAGGCAUGACUCUCUUCGGCGCCUUCAAAUCCACCGCCUUAAUCUCCUGGAAAUCAAGCGGCAAACUUCAGCAAACGAUUGCGAAGUGCAUAGAGAGGACCGGGAAGGGCCUGCACUCCGGCAAGGCUGCGACGGUGAGGAUAUCGCCAGAGUUCGCCGGCGAAGGUAGGUAUUUCAGCUUCCGCUCGGAGUUGAUUCCCGCCUCGAUCGAUUUUUCCGUGGAGAGCCCUCUCUGUACCACGCUGAGCAAGGAAGGGCACAGCAUCCGGACUGUUGAGCACCUGCUUUCGUCUCUGGAGGCCACCGGCGUUGACAAUUGCCGAAUCGAGAUCUGCAGCUUCGAUUCUGAUGAUCUGUCUGCCGAGGUACCCAUCUUUGACGGAUCAGCAAGGGAAUGGGUGGAAGCCAUAGAACAAGUUGGGUUACAAGUGGCCAGAGAUAGAGUUGGUAACUGUCGUGAGAAAAUGGCACCAUUUCUUAAUGAGCCUGUUUACGUUCAGAAGAAUGAGUCUUUUGUAGCUGCUUUUCCUUCUCCCGAGGUUCAUAUCAGUUAUGGAAUCAACUUCCACCAGGUACCUGCCAUUGGCUGCCAGUGGUUCUUUUCCGCCUCAAUGGUCAACUCUUUCUAUGCUAAACAAAUAGCUCCUUCAAGGACCUUUUGCAUUUACGCAGAGGUGGAGCAAAUGCGUAAUGCAGGACUCAUCAAAGGUGGUUCAGUAGAAAAUGCAAUCAUUUGUAGUACUAGUAGAGGAUGGUUGAAUCCGCCGCUGCGCUUCCAGGAUGAACCUUGUAGACAUAAGGUUUUAGAUCUUAUCGGUGAUCUUUCCCUUCUUGCACGGUGUGGUAGCCAAGGGCUUCCAGUGGCGCACAUAGUUGCUUAUAAGGAAUUAAUUGACAAACUUGACAGACUAUAAAGACUGCCACAACACUUUCCCGGCACAACUUUAUAUGUCUGUCCAUGUGAGAACCACGUUCAGCUGCAAUUGGCAGUCUAUUUGGGGCAUCCUUCUAUCUUUGCUUGUUACUUGCCAUCUUUUUUAUAAUGUUGGCGAUGUUUGCACAACUUGUGGAAAUUUUAGUCCAGUUCAUAUUCUAAUCAUCAAUAUAUCUCCUCAUCCAUUUGUUGAAUUCUCUUUUCCUUUGAACAGUCUUUAUCUUUUCUUUGGUAACUUAGGCUCUUAUUGGCUGCUUACCUGCUGUGAUUCAUUUGUUUAAUCAUGUUGGUUAUCUACUUGAUACUCCAUCUUUUGGGACUUCGCCAUGUUUUUUGAUAUCAAAAUAAUGUAAUGGCUUUUCUUUCUCUAAGUUCAACUACACGAACAAGUAAGAUUGUAAUUUCAUGGAAGACCACUUGGUAUUUCAGCAUAGCCGAUUUUCAAUUAUCUCUACCCCUUGAAGGCUUUCACUGCACCUCUCGGAAUACUGUGGGAUUGGCUAUAAUAUUAGCCAUGAAGCCUUUGUCCUUGUCAAUACUGCAGUAAAUCAAUAUUUGUUCUGAUUUCAAUCACCCGUUUCACCUGAAAGCUCAAAAAGGAAGAGGAACCCUGAAGCUAUAGUGUUUCAAACAAAUGCAUCUGGUCUGGAAUAUGAUUCAAAUGCAUCUGGUCUGCUUACUGAUUAAACUUUUUUGUUACAGGGUGGCCAUGCACUGCACAGUGAUUUUGCUCACCGCCUAUUGAGAAUCAGUUAGAGAAAGAAUUGCGCGUGUGCCCGUCAAAAGACCCUCUUGUUAAAACUUAAUUGCACUUGAGCAACUACUUCUAUGCCACCAAUGCAACAUCCAUAUGGUAAGACUCUAAUACAUGAAAUGCAAGUCUUGUUAGAUAGGAAUAUAUUCUGUUGCCUGUUAUUGGUAUUUUUCGUCUUUCUCUGCAGCAGGACUGAACCGUCAAUAGUGAUUUUCAAAAACCACAGACAAAUUAGUCAUCCGUCAAGGAGGAACUACGUUUUCUCUAGCACAUAUGACUUCAUUUUGGCCAGUAUUACUUAUGGUCAAUUCAUGAACAUCGAAGAGAAAAUAUAGAAAUUAGAUCAUGGAAUGGGAACAUGAUCAACUUUAACAACAGAGAAACAGUCAAUUUGCUUGUGCUCUCUCUGAUCCCAAUGCCAUUAUUUUGUUCCAAUAUGCCAGGAAAGGAUACCAUCUUGGACGUUAGAAAUCCCUAAACUCCAACUCUGGUAUUGCUUAAUAGCUUUAUGGUUCUUCCGAUUACGUUGCAGCUACAGAACUCAUUUAAUUCAUUUUUUUUUUACUACCAUAAUCACCUGAAGACCAAUUGCAGGCUGUUGUUUUAGUAUUGUGAUACCGUACCUUUUGCAAAGGAGCUCAAUGCAUAAGGCUUCCCCUUCAAUAAAGAUCAGGAUCAUGUCGAUUUUUGUUUGUUAUAUUAUUUUUACUUCGUUCGGAGACUGUUUCAUAACUUAAAUUUUAUAACUUGCUAAACUGAAAAUCAACUUUACUGUCUUCAUGUGCUGGCAAAGAAGGUGCAAUUGCAGAUUUGAGCAGGGGCUAAAAGCUGGUUAUGCGAUACC